CAGCUGAACAUCGGAAUAGCUUAACACCUAAUUGCACUGCUCUAAUUAUGACUGCUCUGUUCAAACUGUCUUUCGCGGCGUUGCUGGCCGUGGCCUGCUGCGGGCGCUUGGAGCAGCAAUACCUCCCCCCUCACGUCGGUAGCUCUGGCGGGUCCUUCGGAUCCAGUAGUGGGUCGUUCGGAUCCAGUGGUGGGUCCUUCGGAUCCAGUGGCGGUUCGUUCGGAUCCAGUGGGUCGUUCGGCGGAUCUCAUGGAGGAGCUAACAUCCCUAUUACCAAAUUCGAGAAUGUGAACAAUGGAGAUGGCAGCUAUCGUUACAGCUACGAGACCGGCAACGGCAUCAAAGCGCACGAAAGCGGGGCUCCCCGCGCGCCAGGCCCCGAAGGCCCCGCGGUGACCGCCGACGGGGGCUUCUCCUACACGGCCCCCGACGGCCAGGUCAUCUCCAUCUCCUACACGGCUGACCAGAACGGAUUUCACCCCGUGGGCGCGCACAUCCCCACCCCGCCCCCCAUUCCGGAGGCGAUCCUCAAGUCUAUUGAAUUCAACAGGCGCAAUCCUUCUUCCGAGGGGCAGUACAACCCCAACGGCAACGGCGGGCACGGCGGCGCCGGCGGCUACCACUACUGAUCUCACUUGACGCUAACUGUUCUCAUCUCACCGACUGUGAUACCACGACAUACCACUAACGCGUUACUUUAGGUUUAUGAUGUAAAUAUGCAGAAGGAAUAAAUUAUGUUUGAGUAUAAA